CAGCUCUGACCUUUGACCCGGGCUUGCAGCCACAAUACGGAAGAAUGGCGGCGGUGGCGGAGGAGGAGGAGGAGUGCAGGCAGCUCCGUGCUCGGCAACGGCUGCGAGUGUUGGUGGGGCACCUGCGGAGUGCCGAGCCCGCCGCAGCACCGGCUCUGAGCCAGUGCCGAGGCAUUGAGCCGGGGAGCACGGACCGUGCAGCGAAGACCGCGGGGAGCAUUCCCAGGCGGAGGCAGGAGAUCCUUAAGUGGAAUGGAUGGGGAUACAAUGACUCCAAGUUUACAUUUAACAAGAAAGGGCAAGGUGAAUUUACAGGCAAAAGAUUCAGUAAUAUCUUGGGAGAAGACUGCAACCCAAUCCUACAGUAUCGACUUAGUGGUAUGGUGCUGCCAGCUUUGAAGGAGUGGAUGGAAAAAUCUUUUGGAGCAAGUUUGGAGCACAGAACUACCCCAAAGACCACACCAAACUUGGAAGAUCUUCCAGUGCCCAUUCUAAAUGAAGAAUGUUUGAAGGAAAUAAAAGACUUGGGUAUUCCAUUUUCACAUGAUCCAGAGGACAGGUUAAUAAGGUCGCAUGGCCAUUGCUUACACGAGAUUUUUGCUUUACGUGAAGGCAAAGUUGAACGAAUUCCAGAUGUUGUAAUCUGGCCGAAUUGUCAUUCUGAUGUUGUUAAGAUAGUACAGCUGGCUUCCAAGCAUAAUAUUUGCAUCAUUCCGUUUGGUGGAGGGACAAGUGUUUCCGAUGCUCUGGAGUGUCCCACAGAUGAAAAACGAACCAUACUUUCUUUGGAUACUUCACAGAUGAAUCGAAUAUUGUGGGUUGAUGAAAAGAACUUGACAGCUCAUGUGGAGUCCGGCAUUACUGGGCAAGAUCUUGAAAGACAGCUUAGUGAACAUGGCUACUGUACAGGACAUGAACCAGAUUCAAUGGAGUUCAGCAGUCUUGGAGGCUGGGUUGCUACACGGGCUUCAGGCAUGAAAAAAAAUAUCUACGGUAACAUUGAAGAUCUGGUUGUGUACAUAAAAAUGGUUACGCCAAGAGGCAUAGUAGAAAAAAGUUGUCAAGGUCCAAGAAUGUCCACAGGCCCUGACAUUUACCAUUUCAUUAUGGGAUCUGAAGGAACACUUGGUGUAGUCACGGAGGUCACAAUAAAGAUCAGGUCUUUGCCUGAAUAUCAGAAAUACGGCUCAAUUGUGUUUCCGGACUUUGAGCAUGGUGUGGCCUGUUUACGAGAAGUAGCACGACAGAGAUGUGCUCCUGCAUCAAUCCGUCUAAUGGACAAUACACAGUUCCAAUUUGGACACGCACUAAAACCACAAGUGGCCUCAAUUUUUACUUCAUUUUUGGAUGGACUGAAGAAAUUUUACAUUACUAAGUUCAAGGGAUUUGAUCCCAAUGACUUAUGCGUAGCAACCCUACUUUUUGAAGGUAGCAGAGAAAAGGUUCUUCAACAGGAAAAGCAUGUUUAUGAUAUUGCUGCUAAAGUUGGAGGCUUGGCUGCAGGAGAAGAUAAUGGACAACGGGGCUACAUGCUGACAUUUGUUAUCGCUUAUAUUCGGGACUUGGGCAUGGACUAUUACAUCAUCGGAGAGUCAUUUGAAACCUCUGUUCCUUGGGACCGGGUGAUUGAUCUCUGCAGGAAUGUGAAAGAGAAACUAAUAAGAGAAUGUAAAGAAAGAGGUGUUCAAUUUCCUCCUCUUGCUACAUGCAGAGUUACGCAAACUUACGAUGCUGGAGCCUGUGUCUAUUUCUACUUUGCUUUUAAUUAUCGGGGUAUAAGUGACCCAAUUUCUGUUUUUGAGCAAAUUGAGGCUUCAGCCAGAGAAGAGAUACUUGAAAAUGGAGGAAGUCUUUCUCACCAUCAUGGAGUGGGUAAGUUACGAAAACGAUGGCUGAAGGACAGUAUCUCGGAUGUUGGUAUUGGGAUGCUGAAAUCUGUUAAGCAAUAUGUGGAUCCCAACAAUAUCUUUGGAAAUCGAAAUCUUCUGUAAAUCAGAUGUGCUCAGCAGCUAAAGUUCGAAUUCUUCGAAAGGAAGUGGAUCCCACCAUCAAAGAUGAAAUCUCCAAACUAUAAAAAAAAUUAACAACUUACACAUUGUAAACAAAAUAUUUGCAGUAGAAUUUGUCAGCUAAAAUUUCUCUAAUAUGGGACACAGCAAGUGUUUGCAGAAAUGCUGUGAAACUUGUAUUGCGUGCAAUUCCCUGUUACAGUAAAGCUGAGAACGUUUGACAAGUGUAUUCAAGCAACAAGCAGGAUAUGCAGUUGACAGUUUAAAAAAAUGCUUGGAAGUCACUUAAAUAAUUAUCUGGUAACUUUUUUUAAAGGCAUGGACGGUCAGCUCUGAUUUACAAUUGCUGCCUAUUUAUGUCCUUCAAAACCUUUUGCACCAAUCACACAGCCAUACCUGCUUGUUACUGGUAACUUUUUUUUUGCAUGUUAAUUCAGUACUAUAAGCAAAUGUUACUCAAUGUUAAACUUUGUACAAUGUUCUCUCUAUUUCCAUGACCUUUCUGUAAGCUUCUUCCUAAAGGGAAAAAUAUCAUUGUACAGAAUCCACACUGUAUUUCACUUCCUUUGUGAAUUAUGGGUUUUUGAUUAAAUUCAAAUGUUGCAAUUGUUAACUUCCAGGAAUAUUCUCAAUAGUGUCCUGGGGACUAAAGAAUGACAUUUAAAUUUACAAAAUAGGGAUACAUGGAUAAUGUUAUUUACAUCAUCCAUACUAAUUAAAGUAUUUUUUGAAUUCUUUCAAUACUGGAUACUUUUUCAGUUUUCUUUGUAUGAGUGUGUUCUAUUCCGAGUUAUGCUGAGCAUUAAACAGGUUUCUGUAAAUUAAAAUCUGAAAUCACAGCCACAAGAUGCUUUUUUUUUUACUUGCAUGAGGUACUGGAAAUGGUUACAUUUAAUAUAUAACAUUAACGCUGUGUGUGAUUACUCACUUUGCAAUUCAA